UCAAGUAAGUAUCAGAAGCUAACCAAAAACAAUUCUGAGGUUAAUUAAUUAUGUUUUGUUGUUAUUAGUGCUUAAAUUUUUUCAUUAUCCUUGAUAUUAUUCAAGAAAACUACUUAUAUUUAAGUAGAUUACGUUAGGUUACAGCCAUAAUUAUGUAUCGAACAGACAAACAAUUUAUGAAAAAUCCGGCUACAACACCGUCACGAAUAUUCAUAGGAAAUUUAGGCGAAGGACUGAUUCCCUUAGAUUUAGAAGAAAAAUUUAAAAUUCAUGGGAAUAUUUUAGGCCUUGUUCUUCAAAGAGGGUUUGCAUUUGUACAAUACGAAAAAGAAUCCGAAGCUCAUUCAGCUAUAGAGAAAGAGAAUGGUUGCAUGUUCCGGGGUCGAAAGCUCACUGUUAAACAAGCUUUUGAUAAAAAGAAUCACCAAAAGCCCCCUUUUCGUCAGCAGCAGCAACAUCAACAACAGCAAAAUCAGCAAACAAAUCAACAAAAUCAAAGACAAAAACAGGACAGAGGUGGCUUGUUGCCAACACCAAUUCUCAGGGAUAAUCCCAGUGAUAAACAGAUAGAGUCACACCAGGAUAAUAAUGAGGCAUUAAUAAAACAGGAGCCUGAUAUUUCCCCUAGUAUUGAUAAUCAAGGGAGAGAAGAGGGAAAUGACACAGCCCCUGGAGAAGACUUUUCUGAAGACAAUUUCUCUUUAAACAAGUUUAUUGCACAUGAUCCGGAUGAAAAUCAUUAUCAACAAGACAAUCAAGUACCACAAGAAAAUGAAGAAGAUGCCUAUUCUCAUAACAGAUUUAAGCCAAAAGAACAAGUUGAUGAUUCUUACUCUCAUAACAAAUUUGCAUCUUCAGAAAUUGAUAAUGAAUCUUAUCCCCACAAUAAGAGCGAUAAUGAUUCUUAUUCUCCAAAGAAAUUUCGAGAUGAUCCCCACAAGAAAUUUUCAGGGAGAGAACGUGGUACUAAUGAUGAUUCUUAUCCACAUAAUAAAUUUCUUCCAGCUGAUCGUGAAGAAGAUAAAUAUGCACAUAACAAAUUUACAGUAAGAGAUCGUGAUGAUGACACACAAUCAGUGAAUAGAAAGAAUGAACCAACUGAUUCCUAUGUACCUCCAGCAAAAAGAGGACGUGGAAGAAAAACUUUUAAUCAGGACAACUUUAGAGAUGGUCCACGUUCAAAAUUCUAUGGUAGAGAAGAACCAUAUCCACCACAACCUUAUGUACCACCCCCAGCUGUGGAAGUCCCUUUACCACCUGAGAGAAAUGACUGUGAAAUAAUAGUUGUGUCAAAGCUUUUAACAGAAUAUGCUGAAUUUAUUGAACAGAGAUUAAAAAACUUAGGGUUAAUAGUUGAUUUGCUCUUCCCUAAUGAAGAUGUACCACUUGGUAGAGUUCUUGCGAGUAUAUCCAGCAGAGGUUGUCUAUAUGCCAUUUUAGUCAUGCCACAAAAUGAGGAAAAUCGUAGUCUUACAUUGAACAUAUUGCAUGGUCUUCCUCAAGAACACAGAAAUAUGCCAAUAGAAGACGCCCUAAAACUUAUUAGUCGCAACUUUGAAGCCUAUAUGAGGGGCGAUAAGACAAAUAGAGCAAAUGGGACAAGCAUGUCCUUAGAAGAUCGACAUCCAGAACAAAUUCAGGUUCUUUUUAAUUUACUGGCUGAAAAUCGUCAGUUAACGACUCUUCAGUAUGACAAAAUUUUAAAAUAUUUAGAAGAACGGAAAGAACUACAAAGUCAAUAUGAAAAUAAAGAGGGCAUCGAGAAAACAAUCGAGCCUGCAGUAAAUAAUAAAGCAGCCGAAUUACAGAACCGUAUAUUGAAUAUUUUGAACAAAUCUGGACAGAAUGAAUCUCCUAAACCUGUUGGGGCUCCGGUGGAAACAGAAGCUGUAACUCCCACACCUUUAUUGAAUGACCCUUCAGUCCAAAAGGCUCUUGACAGUUUACUCUCUGGAGAAAUGUUUAAAGGGAGUUUCUAAUUUCACAGGACAAAAAU